UCUCUGAAUGUGUAGACACAGUCCGUGUAGACAAUGAAGAGAAUGUAGAUGAGAAAUGGAAGAAGGAAAGAAUUGCCUGGAUAAAACACCAAUGCCAUCGAAAUAAGGAGCUUGAUGUGAAUUUGAAUUGGUAGAAGCCAAAUGUAACCUCAAUGAGAGGCAUGAACCGGAGUCGAUUAUCCUGUUUCAAUUGCCGAAUUUGCCUCCAUCAACUUGUUCACGUACUGUCAUACUCCAUCUCAGGGGCUCAGUGCGGUACAUACAUCAUCUAUUAUCUUUGCCAGAGGGCACAUAUACGCGACGUUCUUUCGAAAUCAAGAUAUAUGAUACUUUUAAGCCUACUGUCAUCUGACAAAAGGAGUACUACGCGUAAGGGGUCGACCAGAACCGAAAGGCUGGGAUAAGCUGGGGUAAACUAGGGACAAACCGAUCAAAAGAAUUCCAUGCUUCUUCGAU